CACUCCCUUUAAAAUGUUUGCCUUUUGUAUAUGAGCACAUCAGCACACUUUAUCAUAUUUUUUCCCUUUUGUGUGUUAGGACACAAAUCAAAGUAAGACAACUUCUCUAAUUGUAACUCAUAAUUGAUUAGAAAGUUUUAGUAUUAAUUAUGAAUCUAUUAAAGUUGGAACAGCUCUGUUCAGGUUGAGAACUAGAAAUUCAAGACAUUUCUGAAGAAAUAUUUAACUUUUUCAUUCAAUAUAGAUGGAAUGUUGAAAGCUUCACUGAAUGUUUUUAUUUUUCUUUUUUAAGGGAUUCCAGGUUUAAAGUUUUACUGACCAUAAAUAAAUAUUUGAUCGCUUGCUACAUGUUCAUAUUCUUGGAUAAGGACAUUACAAAUGAAAUUGGUUGUGGUCCUCAAUGCUGUUAUAGUAUCAAGAUGUUAACAAGUUAGAAUACUGUGAUAUGGGAUAAUUUCCUCUGCCAUUGAUUCCCACCCUCCCUCUCUCCCCAACAUGGUUCAUUCUUAGAAGGAAUGAGUUGUUGUGUUAUUUCUUCAGUUUUCUAGCAUGCUUUACUUAAUACUUGGUUAACUCUUGAAUGCUUAUUUGAGUAGCAUAUAGUAUUGCCUAAGUCAGUAUUUGGGUUUUCCUUAUGCUUUUUGAUUAAUGGAAUUGUAGCAGGAUUAAUAAAUGUGUAAAACGUAAGUAUAUAUGAUGAUCAAAUAUGUUGAAAAUUUUUCACAGAAGCAGUUAUGCUAUUACAACUUGGGAAAGAAAUCUGUUUGAUUUAGAACCCUUGGGUUGAAACUUUCAGUUAGGGCCAGGGUUUUUACUCUUGUUCUGUAAAAGACAUAGUAACCACCAAAGUGACUAUGAUAUUGUCCUAAGGACAAAUAAUACACAGUUCCUACACUUUUUUUAACAUUAAAAAAAAAAAGUCUAAAAUGGCUGUGUAGACGUAGUGAAAGGUUGUAGACAAACCACUUUUGAGGUUUUCUUCAUCUUUUACCUUGGGUAUAUCUAUUUCAGUCACUCAGUUCAGUUACUCAGUUGUCUCCAGCUCUUUGCGACCCCACGGACUGCAGCACGCCAGGCUUCCCUGUCUAUCACCAACUCCUGGAGCUUGCUCAAACUCACAUCUGUAGAGUUGGUGAUGCCAUCCAACCAUCUCAUCCUCUGUCGUCUCCUUCACCUCCCAUCUUCAAUCUUUCCCAGCAACUGUCUUGUCUAAGGAAUCAGGUCUUCACAUCAGGUGGCCAAAGUGUUGGAACUUCAGCAUCAGUCCUUCCAAUGAACAGUCAGGAUUGAUCUCCUUUAGGAUGAACUGGUUGGAUCUCCUUGCAGUCCAAGGGACUCUCAAGAGUCUUCUCUAACACCACAGUUCAAAAGCAUCAAUUCUUUGCCUUUCAACUUUCUUUAUAGUUCAACUCUCACAUCCAUACGUGACUACUGGAAAAACCAUAGCUUUGACUAGAUGGACCUUUGUUGGCAAAGUCAUGUCUCUGCUUUUUAAUAUGCUAUCCAGAUUGGUCAUAGCUUUUCUUCCUAGGAGCAGGCAUCUUUGAAUUUCAUGGCCGCAGUCACCAUCUCAGUGAUUUUGGAGCCCAAGAAAGUAAAGUCUCACUGUUUCCAUUGUUUCCCCAUCUAUUUACCAUGAAGUGAUGGGAUCGGAUGCCAUGUUCUUAGUUUUUUGAGUGUUAAGUUUUAAGCCAGCUUUUUCAGUUCUCCUCUUUCACGUUGAUCAAGAGGCUCUUUAGGUCCUCUCUCUUUCUCUCAUAAAGGUGGUAUCAUCUGCAUAUCCGAGGUUAUUGAUAUUUCUUCCGGUGAUCUUGAUUCUGUUUUGUGCUUCAGCCUGGCAUUUCGCAUGAUGUACUCUGCGUAUAAGUUAAAUAAGCAGGGUGACAAUAUAAAGCCUUGACAUACUCCUUUCCCAAUUUGGAACCAGUCUGUUGUUCCAUGUCCGGUCCUAACUGUUGCGUCUUGACGUGCAUACAGACUUCGCAGGAGGCAGGUAAGCUGGUCUGGUAUUCCCAUUUCUUGAAGACAUUUUCCACAGUUCGUUGUGAUCCACACAGUCGAAGGUUUUGGCAUAGUCAAUAAAGCAGAAGUAGAUUUUUUUUCUGGAAUUUUUUUGCUUUUUCUGAUCCAACGGAUGUUGGCAGUUUGAUCUCUGGUUCCUCUGCCUUUUCUAAAUCAAGCAUGAACAUCUGGAAGUUCUCGGUUCAUGUACUGUUGAAGCCUGGCUUGGAGAAUUUUGAGCAUUUGCCAACAUGUGAAACAAGUUGCAAUUGUGCAGUGUUUUGAACAUUUUUUUGGGAUUAGAAUGAAAACUGACCUUUUCCAGUCCUGUGGCCACUGCUAAGUUUUCCAAAUUUGCUGGCAUAUUGAGCACAGCACUUUCACAGCAUCAUCUUAUAGAAAUUGAAAUAGCUCAGCUGGAAUUCCAUCACCUCCAGUAACUGUUCGUAGUCAUGCUUCGUAAGGCCCAGUUGACUUCUCAUUCCAGGAUAUCUGGCUCUAGAUGAAUGAUCACACCAUCGUGGUUAUCUGGACCAUUAAGACCUUUUUUAUAUAGUUCUGUGUAUUGUUGCCACCUCUUCUUAAUAUCUUCUGUUCUGUUAGGUCCAUAUCAUUUCUGUCCUUUAUUGUGCCCAUCUUUCCAUGAAAUGUUCUGUUGGUAUCUCUAAUUUUCUUGAAGAGCUUGCUAGUCUCCCAUUCUAUUGUUUUCCUCUCUUUGCAGUGAUCACUGAGGCAGGCUUCCUUAUCUCUCCUUGCUAUUCUUUGGAACUCUGCAUUGAGAUGGGUAUAUCUUUCUUUUUCUCCUUUGCCUUUCACUUCUCUUCUUUUCUCAGCCAUUUGUAAGGCCUCCUCAGAGAACCUUUUUGCAUUUCUUUUUCUUGGGGAUGGUUUUGAUCACCGCCUCCUAUAUAAUGUCAGGAACCUCCAUUCAUAGUCCUUGAGGCACUCUGUCUAUGAGAUCUAAUCCCUUGAAUCUAUUUGUCACUUCUACUGUGUAAUUGUAAGGGAUUUGAUUUAGAUCAUGCCUGAAUGAUCUAGUGGUUUUCCCUACUUUCUUCAAUUUAAAUCUGAAUUUUGCAGUAAGGAGUUCAUGAUCUGAGCCACAGACAGCUCCCAGUCUUGUUUUUGCUAACUGUAUAGAGCUUCUCCAUCUUUGGCUGCAGAGAAUAUAAUUAGUCUGAUUUCUGUAUUGACCAUCUGGUGAUGUCCAUAUGUAGAGUCGUCUCUUGUGUUUUUGGAAGAGGGUGUUUGCUAUGACCAGUGCGUUAGGCAUUAGUCAUCUUUAAACUUUUAUUUCCACAUCCUAUUUUUCUUUUUUUUUCCUUAUAGUAGUUCUUCCUGGGUUAUUAGUUUUUUGUUUUUUUUUUUUUGGCCUCUCUGAAUGGCGUGUGGGAUCUUAGUUCCCUGACCAGGGAUUGAAUCUGUACCCCCUGGACUGCUAGGGAAGUCCCUAGGGCAUUUCAUUUUCAAUCUAGUUCAUAUGUUUUGGGAACCUAACUGAUACAUUUUGUAUUGUGAUAUUACUGAGUUCCAUUGUAAAAGAUACUUUAAUAGUUAUUGACAUAUUAAAUCUUUUGACUUGUUAGCUGAAUAACUUUCUGAGUGCUUGCAUCAUGCUAAAAUGUACUUGUUGCCAUAGCAAUGAAAAGGUUUAGUGGAAUACAAGCAAUAUUACCUGGUAUCCCUGAGCAUUUGGGAAGAGUUAUGAAAGGAGGACUGAUUUUAGGCCAGUUAAAGUUUAUGAAAUUGAAGAAUCAUGAGCUGUGUCAACUUGACAUGCUUAUAGUUAUAUUUCUUAGUAUUCUAAGCCUCAUCACAAUAUAGUUUUUCCGUGUGACUUAUGAAGGAAGCAUAAAAAAUUAUUUAGAAUGUACCUAUCACACUCAUAAUCUGUAAAACUUUUAUCAAUAGCAAAUAGUUAUCUUUGGAAUUAUUUUUCUUCAGUUUUUAUAAACAGCUAAUUAUUUCUGGAAAAUUUAAAUGGGUGGUACAAUUAACUAGGCAUAAUCCUUUACAGAAAAGAUAGGGACUAUGAACAAAAGCAAACUCAAAACGUUUUGAGUGAAUAGUGAUUGCAAAAAUAAAAAAAAACAAAAAAAACAAAACAAAACAAAAAAAAAACAAGAAAGAGGAAGAUGUGAAACCUAGUAACCCAUGGUUUUUAAAUGGAGAGGUUUUAAAUUUUAGAAUUAAACGUUCAUUGCUUUAGGGUUGUUUGAAAAUAUUUUGCUAUUGGAAAACUAAUGAGAUUCACUUUUCUAGUAUACUCUUCACAGUAUUACUAUAUGUGUCAUAAAAAUUUGAAUACUAGUAGCUGUAAGAUCUGGGACAGAUGAGCCACCUGGUUUCAACUUCUUCAGUUUAUUCAAGAAUAUAGCUGAAAAUUGAGGCAAAAGGAUUAUGUUGUGUCCCCUUCCUGUAGGCCAUGCUAAGAUUAUAGAAUUAAGUAGGUAAAUAUAGCCCUCUAGUGGUUCUGUUAUAUACUUACACUGUUAACUUUGGUGCGUCUAUCAUUUUUCUAAAGAUAUUGAUUUUUAGGAAUUUCACUAUUGAGUAAAAUCAGAUUUUUAUAAUAUAUGGCAUAAAAAUUACGAAGAAAAAAGAUGGUAGGGAUAUCUUACUCUAACAAUAAAUGUUCAUAUUAGAUUAUCAUCCACUUAUGUAACACACUUUUGGAGUUAAGAUAAUCCAGAAUAUUAGAAAUGCUCUGUAGUUUAUGAGAUGAAUCGUUCACUCGAGAUACUUUGCUGGUGUAUGCUAUGAUUAUUAACCAGAUAACAACUAACACAUAUCAAAAUGUAGGGUAAAUGAACUGAGGUGGAUUAUGAAGUAGAUCAUGCAAUAUCUGUGCUUUGAAAUAUAUAGUUAUUAAUAACGUAGAUUUAGGUUUCUUGACCUGGAAUUUAUGGUAUAGCUUUAGGGGAAAACAAAUUGCAGGAUUAUUUUGUAUAUAUGUAACUCCCCAUUUUUUGAAAAGAAUGGGGGAAAAAAGUGGAGGAAACCUUAAAUAGUUCUAUAAAUAAAUGUUUCUAUAAGCAAAGAAAAAAAAUAUACACAAAACAAUUAUCAUCAGGAGAGUGAAAUUUGGAAGGUUGGAGGGAGAUUACUUCUUUUUUUUGGCGGGGGGAGAUUACUUCUUUAUCUCUAAUGAUUUAAAUUGUUGUGAAAAAACAAAAGGAACUGAAAUGGAAAACCUGAAAAUCAACAGAAAACAGUCACCUUAACCUGUGUAGUUUUAGAGGACUAAUGGUGACUCUUAAUUUCCAGCAGAAAUUAGUUAAUUCAGGUUCUGAUCUAAUUUUCUGAGUUUGUUUAUUGUUUAAAUGGGAUGUGUGCACUUGAUAAUCUCCUUGGAUAUAAAGCUGAUGCCCAAAUUGGUUAAAAUGUAUGUUGUUUGGUAUUUCUCUUUAUUUUGCUAGUAAGCUUUUCCCUUCUUCUGGGGAUUAAAAUCCUUUCUUCUUUAACCCAAUUAGAUUUGUUAAAGGAGAGCCUCUAUGAAAAGGCCCUUCUUUGAGGUCUUUAAGUGGAAAUGGAAAUGAUUGGUUCUGAAAAUUUUUCUCUCACUGGCUUCUGAAACAUUUCAUAGAUAUUGAAAGCUCAUUAUGAAGGAUGUCUCAAUAUCUUCACUCCAAAAUGCUAAGGAAUAAUUUAGCCAACAGUUCAGACUUUAAAAAUGAAAAUGGCUCUGUCUUUUCACAGACCGAACACAGCAUUGUUGCAGCUUACUUGAUUACCGCAGGUAUGAUAAGUAUUCUCAGCAACAUAAUCGUUCUAGGCAUCUUCAUUAAGUUCAAGGAACUUCGGACACCCACAAAUGCAAUAAUCAUCAACCUGGCUGUUACUGAUAUAGGGGUCAGUAGCAUUGGCUACCCCAUGUCUGCUGCUUCAGAUCUGCAUGGAAGCUGGAAAUUUGGAUAUGCAGGAUGUCAGAUUUAUGCUGGGUUGAAUAUUUUUUUUGGAAUGGCAAGUAUUGGAUUGCUCACGGUCGUGGCUGUGGAUCGAUACCUGACCAUCUGCCAUCCUGAUGCAGGAAGAAGAAUGACCACCAACACUUAUGUCAGCAUGAUUCUGGGGGCCUGGACCAAUGGCCUGUUGUGGGCUUUGAUGCCCAUCAUCGGGUGGGCUAGUUAUGCCCCAGAUCCUACUGGGGCCACCUGUACCAUAAACUGGCGGAAAAAUGAUGUGUCUUUUGUUUCUUACACCAUGAUGGUAGUUGUGAUAAAUUUUAUCGUGCCCUUGACAGUGAUGUUUUACUGUUAUUACCAUGUCACCCAAUCCAUUAAACAUCAUGGUACUAAUAACUGCACUGAGCACCUCAACAGAGAUUGGUCAGAUCAGGUAGAUGUAACAAAGAUGUCUGUGAUAAUGAUACUCAUGUUUCUGGUGGCAUGGUCCCCUUAUUCCAUCGUGUGCUUAUGGGCAUCUUUCGGUGACCCAAAGAAGAUUCCUCCCUCAAUGGCCAUCAUAGCUCCUCUGUUUGCAAAAUCUUCUACAUUCUACAAUCCUUGUAUUUAUGUGAUUGCUAAUAAAAAGUUUCGAAGGGCGAUGCUUGCCAUGUUCAAAUGUCAGACUACCCAAGCAAUGCCUGUGACGAGUAUUUUACCAAUGGAUGUACCUCAAAACCCACUGACUUCUGGAAAAGUCUGAAAUAAGAGGAACUCACACAUUUAUCAAAACAUUUUCUUUAUUUCUUUUUUUUUUUUGCAGUGGUUUAAUUUCAUUUUAAAUGUGAGCUCAUUUCAAUCAAAUACAGACAUAGAAUAUUGUCUUAAUAGACUAUAAAUUUCUCAAGUGUAGUUUAUAGUUCUUCUGUUUGUGCACUGGCUACCAUUGGGAAUGUUUCACCAUUUCCUUAUAUGUAAACAUAUUACUCAUCUAGUUUGAUGAAUAGAGGCACAUGAGAUUAAGACCUCUUCUCUUUCUCCUUAUUAUGGUAUGUAUUACAGUGUACCAAUGACCUGCUGUCUUGCUUGGUUCCUCCACUAGAUCAGAAGCAACUGCUAUUUUAAUUUUCAGUUCAGUUCAGUUCAGUUGCUCAGUCAUGUCUGACUCUUUGCAGCCCCAUGAACUGCAGCAUGCCAGGCCUCUCUGUAAUUUUAAUGUUAGAAUAAAUUAAUAGUAAUAAUAGUUAUUAUCAUAAAAAAAGCAAGAGAGUUCCAGAAAAACAUCUAUUUCUGUUUUAUUGACUAUGCCAAAGCCUUUGACUGUGUGGAUCACAAUAAACUGUGGAAAAUUCUGAAAGAGAUGGGAAUACCAGACCACCUGACCUGCCUCUUGAGAAACCUGUAUACAGGUCAGGAAGCAACAGUUAGAACUGGACAUGGAACAACAGACUGGUUCCAAAUAGGAAAAGGAGUAUGUCAAGGUUGUAUAUUGUCACCCUGCUUAUUUAACUUACAUGCAGAAUACAUCAUGAGAAACACUGGGCUGGAAGAAGCACAAGCUGGAAUCAAGAUUGCCGGGAGAAAUAUCAAUAACUUCAGAUAUGCAGAUGACACCACCCUUAUGGCAGAAAGUGAAUAAGAACUAAAGAGCCUCUUAAUGAACGUGAAAGAGGAGAGUUGGCUUAAAGCUCAACAUUCAGAAAACUAAGAUCAUGGCAUCUGGUCCCAUUACUUCAUGGCAGAUAGAUGGGGAUACAGUGGAAACAGUGGCUGACUUUAUUUUUCUGGGCUCCAAAAUCACUGCAGAUGGUGAUUGCAGCCAUGAAAUUAAAAAACACUUACUCCUUGGAAGGAAAGUUAUGACCAACCUAGACAGCAUAUUAAAAAGCAGAGACAUUACUUUGUCAACAAAGGUCCAUCUAGUCAAGGCUAUGGUUUUUCCAGCAGUCAUGUAUGGAUGUGAGAGUUGGAAUACAAAGAAAACUGAGCACUGAAGAAUUGAUGCUUUUGAACUGUGGUAUUAGAGAAGACUCUUGAGAGUCCCUUGGACUGCAUGGAGAUCCAAGCAGUCCAUCCUAAAGGAGAUCACUCCUGGGUGUUCAUUGGAAGGACUGAUGUUGAAGCUGAAACUCCAAUACUUUGGCCACCUGAUGUGAAGAGCUGACUCAUUUGAAAAGACCCUGAUGCUGGGAAAGAUUGAGGGCAGGAGGAGAAGGGGACGACAGAGGAUGAGAUGGUUGGAUGGCAUCACCGACUCAAUGGACAUGCGUUUGGGUGGACUCUGGGAGUUGGUGAUGGACAGGGAGGCCUGGCGUGCUGCGAUUCAUGGGGUCGCAAGGAGUUGGACAUGACUGAGCAAAAUGAACUGAACUGAACUGAAUAAUGGUUAAUGAGCUUCCCUAGUGGCUCAGUGGUAAAGAACCUGCUUGCCAGUGCAGGAGUUAUGGGUUCAAUCCCUGGCUCAGGAAGAUCCCUUGGAAAAGGAAAUGGCAACUCACUCCAGUAUUCUGGGAAACUCCAGAGACAGAGCAGUCUCGGGGUAUAGUCCGUGGGGUCACCAAAGAGUUGGACAUGACGUAGCAACUAAAAAGCACAACAGCAAAUAAUGGUUAAUAGUCUUUAAUAAAUAAUUACUAAGUUGUUGGAAUUCAUCUCCAGCUAGAAUGGGAAACUGUCAGCAUUUCACAAUUUUCAAAUUUUAAUGCAAGUAUUCACUUACCAUUUAACAAAAAUAAUGAAUGACUAUUAAGCACUAUUGUUUUUAAAUCACGUCAGUCAAUGCCAUAUAUAUUUUAUGUAACACUAUAACCUGUGUAUAUUAAUAUGUGUUUUACUUUUUUAACUACUAUUUUUAUGUGUAUGUAUUUCCAUAUAUUUGACAUUAGAAUAAGUUUAAUCAGAGUGGGUGUUUCUGUAUGUUUUUUCUCUUUUUCCUAUCUUGUUUUGUUGAUGAAAAUAUUAAUCAA